AUGCACACCCUCACUGUUCUGCUUUUGCUGGCCAUGCUUGCCACCCUUGCCACCAGCCAGGGCUCGCCACUCUACUUUGGCACCACCAUGUUCACCUUCCACACAGCCAGCUCACCCCUGGCCAACUGCAUCCACGACACAUCGGCGACUGCCAGCCCCCUCAAGUGCAACAUCAGCAACUCAGACCUCACCUUGUGGACCCUCACUGGCCCCACUGUCACCCCUGGCGAUGAGGCCCUCAGCCCCACCACGCCCGCCAUGCUCAACCCCUAUGGAAGUGGAUCAUUGACCCAGUGGUGCAUCCCCAAGAACUCAACCAGCUAUUUGGACCAGAACACUGUUUUGUGCAACAGUGUGCCCAUCCUUGGCUGGUUGAUGUUCAUCAAGACCUCAGGCUACUAUGGCAAUGGCAUCUUCAGCAGUGACCAGUUCGCCAUCCUCAAUGUGUGCAAUGGCAAGUUUUGCACCAUGGGUGGUGUUGGCAUGAUCAGCUGCAACACUGAAGACAUUGCCUUUGCCACCUGA